GAGGGGCGGCGGCGGGGCGGGCGCUUAGGCCGCAGGAGCCGGGGCAGCGCGGCGGGCCGAGGCCGCGGCGAGGGCUCCGCCAUGCCGCUGCUCUUCCUGGAGCGCUUCCCCUGGCCCAGCCUGCGCACCUACACGGCGCUCAGCGCCCUGGCCCUGCUGGGCACCGGCCUCAGCGCCUACUGCGCCCUCAGCCAGGCCCCCGGCGCCGCGCAGCCGGACGGCGCGGCGGAAGGCACCGAGCCGGCCGAGACCCCGCGCCACGGCGGGCCGCGGGCCGUAGACCUCGCCUACUACCUGCUCUCGGACAGCCUCUGCGUCUGGGUGCUGGUGAACACUGCCUGCUGCUUCCUGAUGCUGGUGGCUAAGCUCAUCCAGUGCGUGGUGUUUGGUCCUCUGCGCGUCAUCGAGCGGCAGCACCUCAAGGACAAGUUCUGGAAUUUCAUUUUUUACAAGUUCAUCUUCAUUUUUGGUGUGCUGAAUGUUCAGACAGUGGAAGAGGUGGUGAUGUGGUGCCUCUGGUUCUCUGGACUCGUGUUUCUCCAUCUCAUGGUUCACCUCUGCAAGGAUCGCUUUGAAUAUCUUUCCUUUUCUCCAACCACCCCCAGGAGCAGCCACAUCAGAGUCCUGGCCCUGCUCAUAGCCAUGCUCCUGUCCUGCUGUGGCCUAGCAGGCAUCUGUGGGGUCAUUGGCUACACCCAUGGCAUGCACACCCUGGCUUUCAUGGCAGCAGAGUCCCUGCUGGUGACAGUCAGAACUGCCCAUGUGAUUUUACGGUACGCCAUUCACCUCUGGGACCUCGACCACGAGGGGACGUGGGAGGGCAAGGACAUCUAUGUCUACUACACAGAUUUUAUCAUGGAGGUGACCUUGCUUUCCCUGGACUUGAUGCAUCACAUCCACAUGCUGCUCUUUGGCAACUUCUCCCUGUCCAUGGCCAGCCUGGUGAUCUUCAUGCAGCUGCGCUACCUCUUCCACGAGGUCCAGCGCAGGAUCCGGCGCCACAAGAACUACCUGCGUGUGGUUGGGAACAUGGAAGCGAGGUUUGCAGUUGCCACCCCAGAGGAGCUGGCAGCCAACAACGACGACUGUGCCAUUUGCUGGGACUCCAUGCAGUCUGCUCGGAGACUGCCUUGUGGCCACCUCUUCCACAGCUCCUGCCUGAGGUCCUGGCUGGAACAGGACAUAUCUUGCCCCACCUGCAGGAUGUCCCUGAACAUCACUGACAGCCAGCGUGUGCGGGAGGAUCAGCAGAGGGAGAACCUGGAGGAGAACGUGGUCCCCGCGGCGGAGGGCAGGCCGCGCCUGAACCAGCACAAUCACUUCUUCCACUUCGAUGGCUCUCGGAUCGCCAGCUGGCUGCCCAGCUUCUCGGUGGAGGUGAUGCACACCACCAACAUCCUCGGCAUCGGCCAGGCCAGCAACUCCCAGCUCAACGCCAUGGCCCAUCAGAUUCAGGAGAUGUUCCCUCAGGUUCCAUAUCACUUGGUCCUACAGGAUCUGCAGCUGACUCGUUCUGUGGAGAUCACCACUGACAACAUCCUCGAAGGGCGCAUCCAAGUACCUUUCCCCACACAGCGUGCAGACAGCGUCAGACCUGCCCUGAGCAGUUCUGUGGAGCGGCACGGUGCUGACCAGGAGGACACAGAAGCUCUCACCCAGACAGAGAGAGUGCCACUUGAACUCAACUCCAGACUGGAAGAGAUGGUGGAACAGAGUGAGGUGGAAGCAGAAGCUACUGAAGCAGAAGAUUUUGAGGCCAGGGGGAGUCGCUUCUCCAAGUCGUCCGACGAGAGGCAGCGGAUGUUGGUGCAGCGGAAGGAGGACCUGCUGCAGCAAGCUAGAAAGCGUUACUUGAACAAAAGCUCAGAGGAGGAGCGGAGCCCAGGGAAGCCCUCCCCUCCUCCCGCCGAGGGAGCCUCUGCCGACGCCGCCACCCUGCGCCGCAGGACGCUGGCCGCCGCCGCCGAGCGCCGGCUGCAGAUGCAGCAGAACUCGUAGCACUCCUCGCCUGCCCUUCCUCCUCCUGCUCCUCCUCCUCCUCGUGUGGGCAAUGUUCAAUAAAGAAAUGAAAUGCAAAAAAAUCCCACCCCCAACCCCCCAACCAACAAAACCAACAACCCACCACCAGCCCCAGCCCUGCACUUUCUCUGCCAGCAGGAAGGUCUCUUCAGAGCGCAGCCCACCCAGCUGGGAGCUGGCUGCCUCUCUGCUGUCUAAAGCAUGGGACAGCUGACAGCUGAACCUGUUCUUGUGGUGUUUUGGAUGUGACCUCGAUUCCUACCCCCUGCACCUCAGCAAACAAAAGGCAAUUGCUGAACCACAGGCACCAUUUCUGCAGCUAGCACACGAGGCUCUCGGGCUGACCGAACAGCGGAGGCCGGGGGAAGCCUGGCCCCAAGCCGGCAGCUGCCGUGGGGCGCUGGUCUGGGUCAGCUCGAGAUCAAGAAGAGUUCCUCCAGGAGGGAAGGAUACUUAGAACCUUGCAGCAGGCCCUGCUUUAGAUGAGCAGGUGCCCAUUCUUCAGCCCCUGUUGUGAAGGGUGGCCUGGCUGGCCGUGAGUUGUGGGACUGGCUGGAA